AUGCCAUUAAAUGAUGGUUCAGUAGAUGAGGUCGACAUCAAUAAGAUGAAAAAAAAGACUGAUGAGAACAAGAAAGAGAAGAAUGAAAUCAAUAAAAUUCUCUUCUCAUCUGAUAUGCUUUUUGUAAACUUUUUGUUUUGCGUCCAUUUAACAACAUUUUGUGAGUUAAAUUUUGUUGGACACAAUAAAAAGUUAGUCAGAGUUGUAAGAUUUGCUUGA